AUGUAUCCCAGCGCCGGCUCCGUCGCGUGUUGCACGCCAUCGCAAGGCGGCAGCGGCUCAGUGCAGGUGGCGACUAGAUUGCCAUUCCCCGCGCUAUGCCAGGGGCAUCGCUGGCGCGCUGCAGCGAGGCGGAGGCUCGUCUCAGGCGCCGCCGCCCUGCCGCCCUACUAUGACCAGUGGGGACAGCUAGGCUCUUAUAGCCAGCUAAAAUGCAGCUCUCCAGACAACUCGGGAGAGCACGCACUCUUCGACACGUGUGCUACGUCUUUUGAUCGACAUUGCGGCUGCAACUCAUGGGAUUUCAACAAGAUCGACGGCGUCGCGUGCUACGAGAAGGGCCCGAUGCAGAUAUGCGCAUGUGCCUACAUGCCGCCCAGCAUUGCCAUCGACGGCAGCGAGAAGCUUUACGACUGGACGUGCUCGGGGUUCACAUGCACGCAACGGAACUUCAACACGGACAUGAGCAGCCCAUACCCGGGCUUCGCGCAGUGUCGCAAGGCGAUGAAGCCAGACGGGAGCAGUCCGUUCCCAAACAAACCCUCCUACCAACAGUGCCCUGACACGUGGGCAUGCCACGAGGCUGAUGUUGGCCAAACGUGCUUCACGCCCUUCUCGGAGAAGGCGGGCCUCGUACCCAAGGGCGGCCCUCCGGAGGACUUGUGCGACAACACAUGCACGACAUACAAAAGCUUCAGCACCAAGUGCCACGACCUCGCCUCGCCGAGUGCGGGCAGCGCCUACUGCCCUCUCGGCACGGACUGUGACCGAUGCGGUUCUCGCACGACGAAGACGCUCGGAUCGUAUUGGGUUCUCGCAGCCACGCACUAUUCGACCGGUCGAAGAAAGAGGAGCACGAAGCAGUGCCGUCAACUGUGCGCGGGGGACGUCAGCUGCAAGAUCUUCUACGUGGCCUUUUCCUACGCGCCUGCAACGACGACGUGGACGAUGGAGUGCUACACCAACCAGAACACCGCCGAAAUCGAGCUGCUCACCGACGACACCAUGCUCGGCUUGCAAGAGGACACGUCUGCAGCGCAAGCGACCAAGGCCGUCUUCGUCAAAGUCAAUUGCGCUACACGGAAGGAAACGCACCCGGUCGCCAAGGAAGGGUACAUGGGUGGGACGCGAAGCUCAGCACCUCUCUCUCGCAUCCAGCAUUGCCGCAAGGGCCCGUGCAACAACCCGAACCACUGGAGCAUCAUGAGUGGCUCGUACUACUACGCUUGCGGGGGUGUCCUCUAA